AUAACAGACAAUGUUAGUCUUAUUUCGCCCCUAUAUCGUGAAUCAGUUUAUAGUAAACACGAAAUUAAUGAGAGAAAAGAUUCUUAAAGUGAUUCACGUUCUGCUCAAAACUGUGAAUGCAAGAAACACAAAUGUGUGACAAACCAGCUGCUAACGUUUUAAUGAGUGUAUUAUUGAAUAUAACUUAAAUGAGUGUCUGAACACAGGGGACAAACUCCUGCUGAAGCAGCUGAGAGCCACGGGACUCACUAUUAUAAAGAUGGCGUUUAUUAAAGAGGAGCGUGAAGACGUGAAGAUUGAAGAAGUCAAACAUGAAGAUACUGAGACACAAACAGACCUGAUGGCGCUGAAAGAGGAGAGUCAAGAACUGAAUGAAAAAAAAGACAAAGAUCAGCAUGAAGAAUAUUGUGACUUCAAAACUGAAGAAAAAUCUUCUUGUUGCCCACAGACUGAAAAGACGGUGUCAAAAAAAAGAGCUCGAAAGAAAGCAACCGGAAGUAAUUUCACCUGCUUUCACUGUGGAAAGAGAUUUGAUCAACUAGACAACCUUAAAGUCCACAUGAGAAUUCACACUGGAGAGAAGCCUUACACCUGCCAACAUUGCGGAAAAAAGUUUUAUCAACAAGGAAACCUUAAAGUCCACAUAAGAAUUCACACUGGAGAGAAGCCCUACACCUGCCAACAAUGUGGAAAAAGUUUCAACAAGAAAGGGAACCUUAAAGUCCACAUGAGAAUCCACACAGGAGAGAACCCUUUCACCUGCCAGCAGUGUGGAGUAAGUUUCACUCAAAGAGGAAGCCUUAAAAUGCACAUGAGAAUCCACACAGGAGAGAGUCCUUUCACAUGCAAAGAGUGUGGAAAAGGUUUUAUUCGAAAAGGAAACCUUAGAAGCCACAUAAGAAUUCACAAUGGAGAGAAGCCUUACCCCUGCCCACAGUGUGGAAGGAGAUUUACACAUAAACCCACCCUUAAUGUCCACAUGAGAACUCACACUGGAGAGAAGCCAUUCGUGUGUGCUCAGUGUGGAAAGAGUUUCCGGUAUCAUUUAAGCCUUAAUAACCAUAUGAGUACUCACUCCACAGAGAGCUGUUUUGGAUGUCUGCAGUGUGGAGAGAGUUUCACAGACAGGAAACACCUCAAGAAUCAUUUAAUAACUCACACUGGAGAGAAACCUUACAUGUGCCAUCACUGUGGCAAAACGUUCAAAAACAAAUCAUCUCUUGAUAGCCACGUGAGAGUUCACACUGGAGAGAAGCCUUUCCCCUGCCCUCAGUGUGGAAAGAGUUUCACACUUAAAGGAAACCUUAACAUUCACAUUAAGAUUCACACUGGAGAGAAGCCUUUCACAUGUCUUCAGUGUGAGAAGAGUUUCAGGUAUAAAAGAGACCUGAGGUGUCAUUUGCAAACUCAUUCGGCAAAGAACUUCUAGUGUUUUUCAGCGCAAUCAAUUUUCAAAAUCAUUUGUGUAUUUACUCUGAAGGAAAUGUUCAAAUCCAUUUAUUUUUGAUCAGUGCAAUAAAAAAUAUUUUGCCAUCAC